AAAAACAUUUAAAAAUUCCUGUGUCUUUAAUAUGUAAUUACCUGAAGUAAUUUUGACACAAAUAGAUGGGUCAGUGGCACAAAAAAUUCUUAUCUACAAAUGGAUAUUAUUUUUUAUACCUUCUUUUUAUGAUAUAUAUACAUUUAACGUGAGAGGUGAGAUAUAAAGGAAAUGAUUUAUAACUUGAAAGAUACGCAUCAAUCUAUCAUACUCAAAAUGCAUUUAUCUUAGCCGUGAUCGUGAUAUUUGAAAAAAGAUGUCGAACGCGGUGGCGAUUAAAGUUAUAGAAACUAAAGUGUACGAGGGCCAAAAGCCGGGUACAUCCGGAUUACGAAAAGCCGUAAGAGUUUUUAUGCAAGAACAUUAUACGGAAAAUUUCGUUCAAGCGAUAUUGUUAGCUGUCGGUGAACAGUUGGUUGGGAGUACGUUAGUCGUGGGUGGCGAUGGACGAUAUUAUGGAAAAGAGGUAGUCGGAAAAAUUAUCAGAAUUGCUGCUGGUAAUGGAGUAAGAAAGUUGAUAGUUGGCCAAAAUGGGAUAUUCUCAACUCCAGCCGUGUCUACUAUAAUAAGAAAAUAUAAAACCCAAGGAGGAAUUGUCCUUACAGCAUCCCAUAAUCCUGGUGGACCUGAUGCUGAUUUUGGGAUAAAAUUUAAUUGUGAAAAUGGUGGCCCUGCUCCUGAUCAUGUCACGAAUAAAAUCUAUGAGAUUACCAAAUCUCUGAAAACUUAUAAAAUUGCUUCUGAUAUAAACAUAGAUAUAGAUAAAAUACAGAGUACUACUAUUCAGGUGGAUGGAAAACCAUUCACAGUAGAUGUUAUAGAUUCUGUGAAUGAUUACUUAGAACAUAUGAAAAACAUUUUUGACUUUCCAAGCGUAAAGAAAUUACUUCAAGGAUGUAAUGAUCAUCCUCCAUUUAAAAUUCUUAUCAAUGGAAUGAAUGGAGUUACAGGACCAUAUAUUAAACGGAUAUUUAGUAACGAAUUAGGCGUUGACGAUUCAAGUAUCGUUAAUGCGGUUCCAUUAGAAGAUUUUGGAGGACUUCAUCCAGAUCCAAAUUUAACGUAUGCCAAAGAUUUAGUAAAUGCUAUUAAAGAUGGACCAUAUGAUUUUGGUGCUGCUUUCGAUGGAGAUGGAGAUCGAAAUAUGAUAUUAGGCAAAAAGGCGUUUUUCGUUACACCUUCUGAUUCAUUAGCUGUAUUAGCUGCUAACUUACAUUCGAUACCGUAUUUUAAGAAGACCGGCGUUAAAGGAUACGCUAGAUCUAUGCCGACAGGUGCUGCUGUAGAUAGAGUUGCAGCUAAGAACGGCAUUAAACUUUAUGAAGUACCCACGGGUUGGAAAUAUUUUGGUAAUUUAAUGGAUGCUGGUUAUCUUUCGCUUUGCGGAGAAGAAAGUUUCGGUACUGGCUCUGAUCAUAUUCGUGAAAAAGAUGGAAUAUGGGCCUCUCUUGCCUGGCUUAGCGUGGUUGCAAAUCUUGGAAAAUCUGUUGAGGAAAUAUUAUUAAAUCAUUGGCAAACAUACGGGAGGAACUUUUUCACAAGGUAUGACUAUGAAAAUUGUGAUUCCGAAGCAGCAAACAAAAUGAUGCAGUACAUUGAAACAGAAAUUCACAAACCCGAAUUUAAGGGUUCAAAAUUAACGUUUGGAGAUAAGACGUAUGUUGUUAAAUUAAGUGAUAAUUACUCUUAUGUAGAUCCUAUUGAUGGAAGCCAAGCUACUAAGCAGGGAUUACGAAUAUUAUUUGAGGACGGUUCUCGUAUAAUAUACCGUUUAUCUGGUACAGGAAGUUCUGGCGCUACCAUUCGUGUAUAUGUUGAUAGUUAUGAAAAUGAUGCAGCAUCUUUAAACAAAAACGCUCAAGACGUUCUUAAGCCUUUGGUUAAUAUUGCAUUAGAGAUGAGUAAAUUACGUGAAUUCACCGGUCGCGAUGCACCAACUGUGAUUACGUAACGCAUGAGUAGUUUGUCGUUAACAUUUUAUUUUAUCCAAACAGUAAAAAAUCAUUCGUACUAUAAGGGGUUUAAAUAAUGAAGAUAUGUCAUACGUAUGUUUUAUUGCAUUAUUUUCAAAUCUUAAAUGGCGUUACACGCUUCGAUUAUUACGUAAAAAAUUUAAUAAAUAGGUACAGUAUGUCAGUGGUAAGUUCCAAUGAAAUAAUUUUUAGUAAAUAACCGAGAAAGUAAGAAAUGUGUUUAUAUAUUAACUGCAACAAUGCACUUUUUCUACAAAAAACAAAUUCCAUAUAACAAUUAUUUCUCUGAUAUGGUUAUCAUAACUUAAAAGAUGAUUAUUUAAUCAAACAAAAAAAUUGUGUAAAAUUCAAGUAUUACUAAACCUAAGAUCACGUGUAUUCAAUACGUGGAACCAUUGUGUUUGCAAAAGGUGUUCAAGCAUGCAUAAAGAUGGAAAUAUUUUAACCCUUCGGUGUUCAUAUAAUGAUAUAUAACGAUGUUUUAAAAUAUUGAGUUUCUGAAUCAAAAUAAAAAAUGUGGAUUGUCAAAUUGUAUGUAACAUAACAAUUGUAGAAGAAAAAUAAUUUAAAAGUUUUUUCUAUAACACGUUAUGAUAUUCGUUGAAGGGUUAACGAAAAAAAAAGGUAUAACUUCAAUAUGUCUUGUCAUAAUGAUUGAAGUUCAAUUGUUUUACCUGUUUAAUAAUUAAUUUGUUUAAAAAGGUGCUUCUUUGAACAAGUAAAAAAAUAAACGCAACUGUACUCGGUACAAGUUUCUCUCAACUGUUGUAAAUAACUGUGCAAUGUUUAAAAAACCAAUUUUAAACAGAACACAUUGAAAACUAUACACAACUGUCUAUUAUUUGGAGAACAAACAAAUUAAUUUAUUGAAAUUUUAUAUAGUAAAAUCAUAAUGAUAAAUAUAAAUUAUAUUAAACUAGUAAAAUGUACCUCGUACAUUUUCUACGUAAAAGAAAAUACAAAAAAAGUCGGAUAUAUAUAUGAAAAUUAAAAUUGAAAUGAAUUUUUUUUUAUAAAUAUUUUUGUAAAUAGUAAUUAUGUUCCAUUGGAAAGUGUUAAUUGCUUUUGUGUUAUUGCUGUAUAUUAUUAUUAUUAGCCAUUCUUUUGUAUUGAUAAUUAUUGCAGAUACGUUGUAAAUGUAAUUCUUUAGUUUUAUCUUCUACUUGUCUAUAUAGUGUAAAGGAAUUAUGAUAUAUAUAUAUAUAUAUAUUUUCUGUUCCGUGAUUUAAUUAUAAAAUGGAAUGUGAAUUGAUAAAUUAAACAAAGAAAGCAGGAAUGCGUGUAGAAAGCAUCGUUUCAAAUUUCUGAAAAUCACGGAAAGAGAUAUUUUUCAGUAUCGUGAUUUAACGAAAUUUGAAACCAUACAAAAUAUAUUAAUAUAAAUUGAAAGUUAAUGAGGUAUUUGGCGCGUAGUAUUUACAUGCAUAUACAUCUGGAAUCACGAUACAAUAGUAAAAUGAAACACAAACAUGUUACUACAUAAUUUUUUUAAAUAUUUACCUUUUUUUACUGAAGCCGGUUUAUUUGAAAAUAUUAUAUAAUGUUAUGCCAAAUAUCUCAUUAUAAUUAACUGAUAGAAUAGAGUACAUUUAAAAAUUUGUAUUAAAAAUAAAAACAAUAGUAAAGUUGCAAUAAUAAUUUGUGAAAGUGAAGAGGAAAGACAAAAAAAAUAUUUUUAAUUGAUAAUAAUGAUUAUGUUUUGUGUACACUAUUUUGAUUAAUGUAACAUUUCAGAAAUUCGUAUUAUAUUCGUAAUGUAAAAAAAUGAUCAUGAAGUGAAUAUUUCGUACAAAAUUUAAUUUUUGGAGAGCAACUAAUUUUAUAUAACAUUUUCUCAUAAAGAUACCAAAUUUUUGUGGAAAAAAGAAAUAUAACAAUCGGUCCAGUUAUAUUUUAUUUUGAUUUAAAUAUAAUAUGUCUUAAAUGAUGGCAGUAUGCAGCAAUAGUUAUUCGAGGAAAUGGGAUGUAUUUUUAUAAAAUGAAAUUAGGAGAUUGUAUUGAUAUAUUGGUGAAAAUCAGUAUAAUGUGAACAUAUUGUACUGCAGUACUUUUGAGAAAAUUUCAAUGAGAAAUUUUGUAAAUAGUUGAAGGAAAGGAGGAUACUUGGGGACCUGAGCUGACACAAAACCCAUUCAUUUUCAUAGUUACGUCACGAAAAGAUAUAUUCAUAAUUUAUUAAGGAUAACAUCAUUUUUGCAGACAAAUAUUUUGAAAAUAGUUGAAAUAUAGAUUUGAAAAUUACUGAAUUUCUCUUUUCACGAAUAAGUGUAUUAUUUUUAAGAUAAUAAAUAUUAUUUUUUGUGAUGUAACAUGAAUAUAUAAAUGUGGUAAUAGUGUCAUAGAGACCAGCAAUGACUGCCGAUUUUAAUGUAAAACUAAUAACAUGUAACAUGUGUAUCAUAUUGAAUAUUAAUUAUUCAUUGUAGGUAUAUGAAUGAGUGGUUUUCCACAAACAAGUGAUUUUAGAUUUUAUAAUAUUUUCAAAUAAUCAAAAGUGUGAGUUAUUAUUUUUGAAUCUUAUAAAUUCUUAUGUUUUUCUAGUUUACACAUACUAUUAUUUUCGUUAAAAAAUUUAUAUCAUUUAUAACAAUGUUAAAUUAUGAAAUAGGAACCAUAUCAGAGAUAUAUUAAAGUGUAACGCUUUUCACUGAAUAAAUACACCAUCAUUUUUGCAUUACGUUCAUCGGUCGUCCUAAAAGGAAAUUGAAAGUUAAAUGACAUACUGGAACUUUAAUUGAAAAACUUAAAUGAUUAAUUAAAU